GCUUCCGAGAAGAUGGUGUCAGCGGGGCUCGCCAAGAAGCAGCCACGCUUUAGCAAGCUGGAUUUGACCGCCAUCAUUCUGGACACGGGUCUGACCUCCAAAGCAGCACUUCUGGCACAUGUGCAGGACCACGGAACAGAGGAGAUGCAAGCCUUUGUGCACACCAACCAGAAGAAACUCAAGGAGUUCUUGGAUGAAGCUGCUGAGUGGGACCGAGCAGGGUCUGACGCACGGAUGGAAGCAGAGACGGAUUGGGAGUUGGUCUGUCGGAUAGCCGAGGGGACCUGUGCCUCGGCAGAGGCUUCAGGCAAGGCUGCAGCUUGUCACCAGCUCUUUGGGCACUCUUUCAGGCAUCGCCCUGGAAAAUGCUACAACGGUAUCAAAGCCAUCCUCGCUCACUUGGAGGACAACCGACAACAAGUAAGACACCGUGCUCUUGCCAACGUCCGCACUCCGAAUGAGAUUGUGGAGAGCAUGUCCACCAUCCUGAUGAAGGUGACCCUCCCUGUGGACUGGCUGAAUAAGGUGUCCCAAGCCUUUGACGAUGGCAAUGUGGAUUUCGAGUGGCACCGAGGCUGCAUCAUGACGGUGAAGGCAGACGGCUUGUGGACACCUUCCGGGUCC